AUAUUGGAGAAGUUGUAAAAUCUUUAGGUUUAAAUUGUGCUCUUGAGCCACAUAAAACACACCCUCAAGACUGGGAAAAUCCUGGAAGGGUAAAAGUAGAAUUGUUUAACGAAAAAAAAUCACCAAUAAGAUAUGAAAUACCAACACGUAAAGUGUUAAUUAAAAAUGUGGCAAUAUUAUUAGCUAAAAUCCAACAAGAAAGUCCACAACAAUUUCCUCCACCACAUUCCCCAGCUGUAUUUGAUAGUAAUUCUAGUGAUUCUACUUCAAUGUCUAAUCCAAAUACAUCUACCUCUACCACAACUCCAGCAUCAUCAUCGUCAAGCGGAAUUGCAG